UAAUAAUAAUAAUAAUAAUGAUAAUUUAUCUAAAAAUGUUGAUAUGGAAUUAUUGAAUAAAAAUGAUCCAGUAAUGGUACCUACAAAUCCAGCUGAAUGGAAAUCAGAGCACGUUGACGGGUGGCUAACGUGGUGCAGCCGAGUGUUUUCAAUAAACCCAGCCCCGGAGCGUAGCAAGCUGCCGGACAGCGGGGAGGAAUUGAUAAACAUCACUAGUGAUAAGUGGGGAAGAAUUUCGGGAGGGAAAAUCCUCGCCAGACACCUCGGGUACCUCAGGUUGCAGGCCACCGGGGUGUACGACCAUGAGUUGAUUCAGGAACAGACAAAUGAAAGGCUCAGCCUUCUUCAAAGAUCCUGUUCAAUUAUUGGCUCAGGAAAUAUAACACUAUCUUCUUCGGUGGCUUCGGCAAUUGCUGCCGGCAAUAGCGGCGGUCAAGUACAACUCUGGCAAUUUCUUCUUGAGUUACUCGCGGAUUCGGGGAACGCAAGUUGCAUCACUUGGGAAGGCACUAAUGGAGAGUUUAAACUUACUGAUCCUGAUGAGGUUGCUAGAAGAUGGGGAGAACGCAAGAGCAAGCCUAAUAUGAACUAUGAUAAAUUGUCGAGAGCGCUCAGGUAUUACUACGACAAGAACAUAAUGACAAAAGUCCACGGAAAAAGAUAUGCUUACAAAUUCGACUUCAACGGGUUACUAUGCCAAACGCAGGCAGGAGUCUCCCUGGAAUCCUCACCUUCUUCAUCAUACUCCGGAACUCAGUACCAACAUUACUGGACAUACUCUCGAUACUCACCUUGAAUAAAAAUUUUUAUAUUAAAAAAAUAAAUCUUAAAAAAAAGAAUAAGUAA